UGUCUCUCAUUAAUAUUCGAGUCUAGAAGAACAUGCGGUGGCUUCUUUUCACUCUCCUUAUGACCUGCUAUCAACAGUUUCCCUGCAGUGCUGAAGAAACUGUGAACACGGUACUAAUGAAUGGGAAGAAAGCAACAACCUCAAUUGUCCUGCAACGCAGAGAAUUUUGUCAUUGGCCAUGUAAAUGCUCACAUGAGGACACAUGCCCACGAGGAGUCAGCCUGGUGAUGGACGGCUGUGGGUGUUGUAAAAUAUGUGCGAAGCAGUUAGGGGAAGGCUGUAACGAGGCUGAGGUGUGCGACCACCACAGAGGCCUGUACUGUGACUAUUCUGCUGAUACACCCAAGUAUGAAGUUGGAGUUUGUAAAUAUUUACUGGCUGUUGGGUGUGUUCUCAAUGGCGUCCUCUACCAAAAUGGCCAAACUUUCCAACCUAGUCCCUUUUACAUAUGUCUUUGUAUAAGUGACAUUAUUGGAUGUACCCCUCUGCUCACGUCAAAGCAAGAGGAAACAUCCUGUGGAGAGUCGACAGGUCUGACUAAAAAAUCAGAGCAAUCAAGUUGUGCAUUAGAAAAAGUUCAGCAGACACCAGACUACAAAUCUGUACCAGUUUACAAAGUUUUACCUCUUGUUUGGAAAAGAAAAUGCCUUGUUCAGGCAACACAAUGGAGUCCUUGUUCAAGGACAUGUGGCAUGGGUAUUUCUAUUAGAGUAACCAAUGAGAACAGCAAAUGCGAACCGAGAAAGGACAGAAGACUGUGCUACCUCCGGCCAUGUAAUUCCACAAUGCUCUCUAGUGUGAAGAUUCCAAAAGGGAAAACCUGCCAACCAACAUUCCAACCUCCCAAACCUGUGAAGCUAAUGCUAUCCGAGUGUGCAUCAGUAAGCAACUACAAGCCCAUGUACUGUGGCGUUUGCAGAGAUCGAAGGUGCUGCACCCCCAACAAAUCGAGGAUGAUAACAGUGCAUUUCCGGUGCCCUGGCGAAGGCACAUUCACCUGGAAAAUGAUGUGGAUUACUUCCUGCGUUUGUCAAAAGAUCUGCAGUGACCCUGGCGAUAUAUUUCCUCACCUUAAAAUAUUGUGAGAGCUAGAACCAUGGUUCCUGGACAGCUAAGUUUUAAGUAUUAGAACAAGAUCUCCCCUGGAAUUAGACAACAAAACUAUUUUCUGAAUUAAAUCCAAGGCCUUUCACGAACAGAUCAAUUAGCAGAAAUUAUGCACCAGGCUAUGUACCAUAACUCUUAGUCUGUCAAUUCUCAUCUUGUCAGACCCCUUGAAUAUAUGUAUUGUGUUAAGCGCUGCGAAAAUUGUUGGCGCUAUAUAAAUAAAAGAUAAUAAUGACAUGAUUUUGCAAAGCAAACCGUUUAUUGCCUAGAAUUGUGUAAAUUAUUUCAACUGUGUUUGCUUUACACAAGCAAUUAACAGUAAAUGAGUGAUAAAUGUCACAUAAUAAUCCUCUUUCAUUUGAGAAUGAAAUUGCUGUCCAUGAAGGAAUAGUUUACUGUGCCUGAAAGCCCCACUAAAGAAUGCAUAUUAAAGUACUCUGUGAGUAUGUUCAUAUGCGUUGCCCAAAAAAGCACUUACCUGAGGUAAA